ACUUCCUCUCACCCUUACAACAUACAAGCAAUUUCAAUAGCCUAAGCUUACACUCUGAGUCCCACACAAUUCAUCCAAGCAUAAAUGCAGUCACCUCCUCCAUCCUACCGACAUGUUGUGUCGCUCACAGCCUCAUGGUACUAACAUGUACAAACCUCGGCAAAAGCAACCAUCUCCUCAUUCCAAAUGAUGACUCUCUAAACCACGACGUACAUACCAUAUACCCCAACCAUGUAGUCCUCAACCCACCCCAAACGCUCCCCCAACACCACCCACCAUGGCCCCCUCGAUCCCAAUAAUCAUCGGCGUCGGCGAUGUCAAAAACCGUUCCACCACUGCCAAAGAACCCGCAACCCUCAUCCUCGAAGCCAUCCGCCUCGCCAUCCACGACGCGGGUUCGUCGUCUGCGAGCGCAUUGCAGGCUAGCAUCGACAGUAUUGAUGUUGUUAGGACGUGGACGUGGCCGUACCCUGAUCUUCCCGGGUUAGUGGCGCGGGAGCUGGGCGUACAGGACGGGCUGAAGUGGAAGGCGUAUUCCGAGCAUGGGGGGGAUAAGCCCGGGAGGAUGUUUGACGCGGCGUGUAAGAGAAUUGCGAGUGGGGAGGUAAAGGUUGCAGUUUUAACCGGGGGCGAAGCGCUGGCAUCCUUAUCCGCCUGCGCAGCCGCCGGCCAACUGCCCCCACCGGGCUGGACAACGCCAGAACAAGCUGUGGACUCGGUGUUUACGCCCACGGGCCGCGAUCUGGGCGAUACAGAUCUCGGCGCUAUCCAUCAGAUCGGGGCUCCGAUCCAUGUUUACCCGCUGUAUGAGAAUGCAUUCCGCGCCCAUCGUGGACAGAGCGUGAAGGCGAACCAUGAAGAGAGUGCGAAGCUGUACGCCGAGUUCUCACAAGUUGCAGCGAAACAAGCCUAUGCGUGGAAUGCCGGUCGGGCGGACAGCGAGGAGGUGAUUGCGACGGUGGGGAAGAAGAAUAGGAUGAUAUGCUCGCCGUAUCCCCUCCUGAUGAACGCCUUCAACACCGUGAACCUCGCCUCCGCCGUCAUCCUAACCACCACCCGCAUCGCUACAUCCCUCAACAUCCCGCCCUCGAAAUGGAUCUACCCGCUCGGCGGCGCCGGCACGCGCGACUCGGACGCCUUCUGGGAGCGCCCGGACUUCUACUCCUCGCCCAGCAUCUCGCGGUCUAUAGACGCCGCGCUUAGACUCUCCGAUACUAGCAAGGAAGAUAUUGAUCUUUACGAUAUCUACUCCUGUUUUCCCAUCGUCCCGAAACUCGCAGCUAUGCAUCUGGGUUUGCCGAUUACGGGUGGUGAGAAGGCACUGACGCUUCUGGGUGGGUUGACGAGCUUCGGCGGCGCGGGGAACAACUACUCGAUGCAUGCGCUGACGGAAAUGACGAGGCAGCUAAGAGAUGGUAAGGGGAGGAAGGGGUUAGUGUUGUGCAAUGGGGGUGUGUUGAGCUAUCAGUAUGUUGUUAUCUUGUCGAAUGAACCACGAAAGCGUGGAGAGUAUCCUCAGGAGAACCCGCUGCCGAGUCAGAUCACAGAUGUGCAUGUGCCGGAGGUUAUGCUUGAGGCGGAGGGUGAGGCGGUCGUGGAGACGUACACGGUCGAGUUCAAGCGUGAUGGCAGUCCCCUGCGAGGCCAUAUAGUUGGACGCUUGAAGAGCAACGACAAGCGGUUCCUUGCGAACCAUGGAGACGACAGUACAUUACGGCAGAUGGCUGAAGGGACGGGAGAAAUUGUUGGGAGAAGUGGAUGGUUGAGGCAAGACUCCGCGAAGAAAGGCCGGGGAUUAUUCACCUUCGACGAACCCGCAAAGCUAUGAUAUCAUCGAUAAAAUACAUGUUUCAAAGUUUUAGGAAUAUCAUUUAGAAAAACGGGCUCAAUUUGGUUCUAGCUAGCGUGGUAUAUAUACUGUACAGUCCUGCACGAAGGCAAAAACAAGAUUAAACGCUGAG